GCUGAACACAACAAUAGAUUAAAGAUGGAGAACUACUAGCAUGCUGUGUUUUUUGAGGCAAAGAAUCUCUCAGAUGUGGAACUUGGACGUAUUCAUAAAUACUUUCAAAUCAAGAGAAAGUCUGGAGGAGGAGACUGUGAGAUCAACAAAAUAUCUGAUGACAUUUACAAGAUAAGUUUUAUAAGCAAAAAAGCCCAAGAAAGUGUACUAGACCGAAAGGAUCAUGUCAUCAGUAUGCCUGGUAAAGAGGACAUCUGUGUUUCAUUGAGGUGUGAAAUUGUUGCUGAAAGCAGCAAACAACCAAAAGCAUCUGCAAAUCAGGAAAAGGCGAAUGACCAGACCUUCCUCCUCACUCAAGUCACGUGGUGUAUUCUAGGACCACUGGGUGUUUGGCAGAAAUUACCAACAGACAUUAAUUAUAAGCUUGAGAAAACAGAUGUGAAAGAUGGAAUUGUGGACGCACAGGGUGUAAAAUGGACUGUGAACUUGAGAAAAAUGGAGGCCACAUCAUGUGAUUCAGGACAGGUGACCGCUCUCAAACGGCUGGAGAACCUUCCAGAUUUUGCCUUGCCCAUCUACUGGGACAACAUGAGUCAAAGUGACACCUUACAGGUGAUUGACUUAGAUCCGUCAUCUACAGAGUACCAGACCAUGAAUGCAGACUUCAAGAAGACUGUCACAAAAACAGUACUCAAGAUCCAGCGCAUCCAGAACAUUAAUGUUCGGCAGUUAUACGAGGUGCAUAAAAAAGAGCUGGAAAACAAAAAUGGUCCUGUGGGAGCAGGAGAGAAGAUCCUUUAUCAUGGCACAUCAGAGGAGUCCUGCUCAGCCAUCAUGAAGACAAACUUUAACCGCAGUCUCAUUGGCCAAAAUGCCACCAUUUACGGUCAUGGGACGUAUUUUGCUGUGAAUGCCAGCUACUCUGCCAAUGCUACCUAUGCAAUUCCUGCAACAGAUGGGACUCAGCUCAUGUUUGUGGCUCGUGUGCUUACGGGUUAUCAUGCUCAGGGUCAGGCUGACAUGAAGACGCCCCCUGUUCGUGUGGCACCUGACCACCACUAUGAAAGUUUGGUGGAUAAUAUGCAGAAUCCCUCCAUGUAUGUGGUUUUCCACGACUGCCAGGCUUAUCCAGAAUACCUCAUCACAUUCAAAUGAACUUUAGCAAACACCAACCCUGGCUUGUUCCUCGUAAAGUGUUCUGGAUGAGCUCUGGAUGAUUCAUGAACAAUUAUUAGUUAUAGUUGCAUUUACAUUUAUAUAGAAUAAUUUAGAGAAUAUCUUUAUUCAGUUUAGGGUAAAAACAGUGAAUGAACCAUACAAAACAAAGUGGAAUUGAAUGAAUGUGUAUGAAAAAUCAGUGCAACAGUACAAUGUGUUGUGGACUUGUGCAAAGCUGUCAAACCACAAAACAACAGAAUUGUUCAUAAAUUAAAUGUCUGUAGACAAUAUGCCUCACAGCCUUUUGUGAAGUCAGUUUACCAUUACUCUAACAUUGAUUUGUAAAAAAUGUAUUGCAAUUUUAUGAAAAGCUAACUAGCUAGUAUGCAGUGGACAUGAGUGUCCCAAUAUCCAAUAUAAUUCAGAUUUUUACAUAAUGUAAUGCUAACAAAUGACAUUUUAAUAUUGUUUUAAUUUGAAGAAAAUGUAUUUUCGUAAACAUCUGACAUCAGUAAAACAAAUAUGUUAUCAGUUGAAUUUGUCAGUAGAUCAUGGAACUGAUUCACAUUUUUUUUUUACAAGAACACAAAUUGAUCUCUUCUAAAAGACAUUUAAAAAAUCUCUGACAUCUUUUUCUGUUAUAAAAAAUGUUUUGUGCAAUGAAAAGUUUCCAUAGAUGUUAAUGGUUCUUAAAACCAUUUAUUUAUUUUGUAGCGUGCGACUGAUAUUUCGCUUCAGGUUAACUGAUUCAUUACUUUAGAAUUUUAGAAAUGUCUUUGGAAUGUGUAACAUUCCAAACUUUUCUUUUCUGUUCACAUAUUUCCUUUCAUGACAGAUCUAUUUGAUGUUGUGGUGGAUUAGAUGUAAGAAGGCUUUUGCUUAACUUUGACAGUUGUGUUAAUCAGUUGUUUCCCCUUCUUCAACCACUGUGAGGCGAAAGUAUAUAUGUGGCACUGUAACUUCCUUUUCAGUUUGGCCAAGCUUGCAACCAACCCACCACCCAUGUUCUGUGUGCUUGCUGUUUGUUGUAUUUUUCUCUCCAUUUCAGAUCGCUGUGUCAUGAUAAACUUUCCAAGCAGACCUUAAACAUCACCCAAGUGACUGUCUGCCUUAACUGCAUCUUCUUUCUUUUUAUAGUUUUUAAUUAAUUACCAAGCAUCUCAUUUUAGCAUAGUUGAUUUGCCACUCAAUCUUUGUCCUGUCAUUGCCUUUUUUUUUUCUUUUUUUUUUUUUUUUUUUUUAU